AUGGUGGAUACAAACGAAAGCACUCCCGAAAAAGAACUUCUGGCCCUCAUCCAAUCGGGCAAUCCAGUCAAGGAAAUUGAAAUCGCAGCCCUUUUUGAAAAGUUAAAGCCGCUUGAUGCCGAGUCGUUGACGGGUUCUUGGAGACCAGGUCCAUAUGUCGAAACAGGUCAUCCAGGCGUCCAGCAACUCAAGGAAGCAAAGUUUGAUGGGAAAGACUUUUAUUCAGAAGAUAACGUGCAGCCGGUCAUGUGUCUCAAUGACAAGGGAGAGCGAGUAUUUAACGAGCAAUACGGUUAUGCUUCGCUACGAAAGGUCGAAUAUCGCGGCGUGCUCUCUACUGCCAUGAUUUACGAUACGCAUCCCAUCAUCGAUCACUUCCGGUACCUCACUGAUGAUUAUGUAUUUGGAGCCAUGGAUACCAAAAUGUUUCCCAAAGAAGCAGGCAUGCUUUAUUUCUGCCUUAAGAAAGCAAAACUUUGA